CUCAGCAGCUUUUCCCGACACGCCUCUGCUGCUCAAGCUCCUCCUUGCCACUGUAAAAUCCCGAGGCAGAGCCAAGAACGAGCAGAGUUCCUGCAGGUCGGUGAGCUGGCCAUCCCCCUGGAGUGCAACCCCAGCUGGUGUUGGAAAUCUGGAGUGAAAGAAAAACUGCUGGAAUAACUCAGUGGGUCGAACUACAUCUGUGAGGGAUGGGAUAGUCAACCAUUUGGAUUGAGACCCUGCGUCACGACUGAAGUUUGUCAAGAUUGAGAGCUGAGGAAUCUUUUGGAGGAGACAAGCUGUCUGGGUGUGUUUCCAUGAGCGAUGGACCAGGCUACACAAAGACUCAGUCCCCUUCCUGUGGUUGUAAUCGGGAAUGGGCCCUCUGCCAUUUGUCUGUCCUAUUUCCUGUCUGGAUAUCGGCCUUACUUUAAGGAAUCUUCAGUCCAUCCCAAUCCAAUUCUUCAACGGAAAUUGGAGGCAAAUCUGGGGAGAUCCAUCGUCGAUCAGAACCUGGAGUUCCUGUCUGAGGGAUUGGAGGGCCGUUCCCACAGUCCAGUUGCCGUUCUGUUUGAUUCCAUCCUGCGACCUGAUGCUGAUUUGGGCGUAUCCUUAGAUUCUGUGCUGAGCUGGAGACUUGAGCCAAACCAAUACAUUCCUCAUCUCAUCCUGGGAAAGGGACCUCCUGGUGGUGCUUGGCAUUCCAUUGAGGGAUCUGUAUUUACAUUGAGUCUUGGAGAAUGGAUGGAGUUGCCUGACCUGCCUUUCAGAGACUGGAUGAGGGACAAGAGAAGGUACCUGCGGAAUGACAGGGCCAUGACCGCCGAUGUCGCCCAAUAUUACCAGCACUACAUCCAGGCUAAGCAGCUGCAGGAGAGGUUUGUGUGUGGAACUGUCGUGACCUCAGUGAGAAGGCUCAGUCAGCCGCCCGGCCGGGAGGAGCAGACGUGUGCGGACAGGGCAGCCUCGGAUAACCCUUUGGCCAGCCUGUUUGAGGUGAGCGGCUACAGCAUCACAAAGGCUGGCUCAGAGGAGGCCUUCUCCAUCUGCACCGAGAACGUCGUGCUGGCAACAGGGACCUAUGACAGCCCCGCCUGGCUGGGCAUUGAAGGUGAAGACCUCCCCUUUGUCCAUCACGCCACCUCGGAAGUGGAAACGGUCAUUAAGGAGUACCAGAGGGCAAAGAGCUUUGACCCCAUUUUGAUUGUGGGAGCAGGUUUGACUGCUGCCGAUGCUGUCAUUGCUGCUCGUCAUAGCAACGUCCCAGUAAUCCACGUCUUCCGCAGGGAGGUGAAUGACCCAUGUCUCAUCUUCAAUCAGCUUUCCAAACUAAUGUACCCCGAGUAUCACAAGGUGCACCAGAUGAUGGUCCAGCAGGCGUGUACCAGCAUAGGGCCCUACAAUGACUACCUCAGCCUUCCCGGACACCAAGUGCUACGCUUCACCCACGGCAAGAAGUGUGUCCUUCAGGACCUGGCAUUGGGAGGGAGCAGGACAGCCAACAUCUUCAAGGCCCUCAUUCUGAUCGGCUCAGAGCCCAACCUGGCCUUUCUGCCCAAUGGUGGAAGGUCGCUGGCUGUCAACCCAGAGCUCCCGAUCAGCACCAGGCGCAACCCCAUAGACGUGGACCGCUAUACGUACGAGUGUACGCGAGAGAGGGGAAUGUAUGCGCUCGGCCCCCUGGUGGCCGACAAUUUUGUCCGCUUCCUGCAGGGUGGUGCCCUUGCCAUCACCAGCGCUCUGAGCAAGGCCAGGUCUCACGCUGAUGUCCAGUCUGGGAGCAGCCUGUGACCAGCCGGUGUGUCAACUCAUAAACGGUGCUCAAGGGUAGGGUUAGGGUCACUUCUGGGAACUACUGUUACUUUCAGACCUAGGCUGAUGCCAGGCUUUGGUUAGCGCUGGCUAACUCAGGCUGCAGUCUGGCUCACCUGCAGAAGUCGAACACUUCUGGUGAUUUGGAAAGAAGUUGCUGAUAUGAGCAUGACCUGCAUCAGCAUGUCUGGUUUUAAUGCCGGGAUCCCCUUACCCGUUCACACUCACCAGCACGCGCUAAAUUAGAGUACUUAGGCUCACAUCUUCCCAUGCAGGUUGGGAUCUGGACCGAGGUGCUAUAAACACCAAGCAGCCAGCCUGAAGAAGUGCAGGAAACCCUGGCCUUGCCAGGGAAAUCUCUCAGACUGGCCCUCGGCUUUAUUCCCAAGAAGGUAUAUGGGAAUUCUGGAGCCCCUGCAGGUUCCCUGAAAAGCACCUGUUUACGUCCAGGAACCUGGAUGGGGUCCCUGACAGAUGAUGCAGUGCAGAGGUGCUACGAGGCUGCAGUGUGGAUCAGUAGUGCUCAGUGACACUACAGGCCAAGGUCUGUAAACUGACUGUGCAAGCUGGCAGCCCGGUUACAAACUCAGGGUUAUACAGUGUAGGACGGGCCAAGACUUGUAAGCAGGCAGCCCUGCUUACAGAUUCACACUUUACAGUGUAGAACAGGCCAUUUGUCCCAUCAUAUUCAUACUGACACACCUAUGCAAAUUCCAUCCACCAGCACUGGAUCCACUGCCUUCCAUGCACUAACAAUGCAAGUGCUCGUCUCGAUAUUGCUUAAACGUUGUGGGAGUCUCUGCCUCUAACACUCCCUCAGGCAGUGCAUUCUAGAUUCUUACACCUCUCUGGAAAGUUUCCUCUUGUAACGUCUUCCCUCUCACCCCAAGGAGGUUUUAUGCACCUCUGCUAUGAGGAAUUGCUCCUACAAUCUUCUGCUUCAUAAAAGCCUUUGAGGAUGAAUAACUCAGCCUGAGAGUUAAGAAUGACAUCCAAGAUGCUGGAGGAGCUAUUCAGGUCGGGUAACAUCUGUGCAGAGAAAUGUACAGUCAAUGUUUCAGUUUGAGAAGCCUCAGCUGGACCCGCUAAAGCGCAGCUGGUUCUACAGGUCGACCGCAAUCGAUUCACGUUGAUCUUAUCCAUAUUGACGCAGAUAUUAGACCAUAUGACCUCCCAAGUGUGGAGCAAGAUUAUCAGUACCAGAGGCUGGGAGCAAACCAAGGCCAUUCAGCUCCCUUGGGAGGGAUUGAGCUUCAAGCCCCCAUUGACCCUUUCCUACAGCAAGCUUACUGCUCACUUACGGUGCAAGUAGAGUCUGAUAAAGAUUGACUCUGGUAUUACGUGACUCUGCAGUUUCGUCUUCCCCCUCAGAGACAUCAGAUUGUCAACUAGACCAUUCUUUCAGGAGCUGUGAAGCACUAUUAUCAAUGUCUGGGUCUUGUUGGUGAAAGCACUCCCUAGGCUGUGGUUCAGACACACCAUCAUUACCUGCUCUACGGUUACCUCUGUUUCCCCAAGAUUUCUUGUUUGUUUUCUCAGUCACCUUCUCGUGAUCCCUGCACAGGAGCCACUGCUAUAUUCUUCCAUUCCUGACUCAAGCUAUUCUUAAGACUGCCUCACUUUUGUUGCUUAAAUCUCGCAUCAAUUUGUCCUGUAGCUGUCUGUUUACUCGGCUAGAGUAAGCAACAUUUAGUCCUGAAUGCAUUGAGUUAUAGAGCCAUAUGCCAUGGGAGAAGGCGCUUCAGCCCAAAUCCCCCAUGCUGACAAGGAUUUCUAUGUAUGCUGCUCCUGUUUAAAACCAUGGAACAAAGAGCAGUACAGGCCAUUUGGCACACCGUGUUGUACUGACCUAGAUUAAUCUAAUCCUUUCCUCUUCAUGACCCUCCAUUUUUCAAUCAUCCAUGUGCCUAUCUAAGAGUUUCUUAAACACCCCAAAUGUAUCUGUCUGAACCACCAUUGGCAGGGUGCACUCACCACUCUCUCCUUAAAGAACUUGCCUUUGAUGUACCGCCUAUACUUUCCUCUAUCACCUUAAGGUUAUGGCCCUUGGUAUCAGCAAUUUGGAAGGAAGUCUCUGUCUAUGCCUCUUAUUAUCUUGAACACCUCUAUCAAGUUCAAAGUAAAUUUAUUAUCAAAGUACACGUAAGUCACCAUAUACAACCCUGAGAUAACAUUUCUUGCAGGCAUACUCGAUAAGUCAAUAAUAGAUCAGUAACCAUGAUAGGAUCAAUGAAAGACCAUAUCAA